CCAUUUAAAUUUCGCUUGCCAGUGUGUAUACACACACACCGUGUAUGUGCAAUGUAUUAUAGCGCGAUUCGAUUACGUAUCAAAGCGAUACGAAGCGAUGUGUGUUGAAACACACACAGCCCAGCGCUGUAUAGCACACAGAGAGAGUUUAGUAGAGAAACAGCAAUCGGUCCAGGUGGAUGGAAUAUUUUUGUUCGUAUUCGUCGUACUCUUGUGAAAUAUUUCGCGCGGCGUAAAUUUCAUCGAACUGUUCACUAAAUAAUGUUUACCAAAUUAUUGGUAGCCAAGUGUUGUGUGUUUGUGUAUGUGAUUUUAGACUAAUAACCCGUAUUCCCAAAUUGAUGGAAAAACACGAUUACAAUCAGAAAACAACAUUUAAACCUAUGAAAAGUGCUUACGUUCCAAUUGCAAAGCAGAAGAAAACAACAAGAAAUAUUCCGCACAAUCUAAAAUUUGGCGAAAAAAACAAAUAAUCAUUACGAAGAAUGUUAUUUUGCAUUCCGAUUGGAAUCAAAUGAGAUGUUAUUUACAAAUUGUUAAGAAGUGUAAGACGAAAAAGUGAUGAUACGCGAUAGAAGCAGCAGCAGCAGCAGCAUUUGGAAAAGUGUUGAAUUUAUUUCAAAAGAUGAUUUGACAAGAGGAUUCGAUCUGUUCGACGACAGCCUCACGAUUGACGAAUGCACAAGCAAUAUUGAAUAAACCAAUGAAAACAAUUGUUUCUUUCCCAUAUGUGUUGUUUAUUAAAAUCAAUGCAAAUCGCAUCGAUCGAAGGCAAAUCAUCUAUGAAAAGUGUUAAAUAAUCUGUGCUGCAAUAAAACAACUCAAAUAAUUUUCGGACCGGUUUUUAUUCCCUAGCUAAAGAAAUUAUUAAAUAGUCAGCGCUUUCAUCGUUUCAAUUUUCGUGUCAAUUUCCACCGAUUCGAGCUUUGAUUAUUUUCUCAGUGUAUUAAUAUUUUCGCCUUUCAUACUAGUGGAUUUAGUAGUGAGUCAGCACUACUUUAAGUUUGUUUUCUUUCCGAGUUUUCUUGAUAUUAAAUGCUGAACUAUUAAGAAAGACAAAAGAGAAUUUUGUGAGAUAUUGAUAAAAGAUAUUUUGAUGAUUUUUAUUUCUUCAUUAGGAGAAAUGACAAGCGAUGAGUGAAAAAUUGUGAGAAAAAAAGAAACAAAAACAAAAUUAAACUCUAAAACACUAAAAGACUGGAAAAAUUAAUACUCAAAACGUGAAAAUAAAGAAAUAGAAAGGGAAAAUUUCGAGAGCACAAGUUUGUGGAAGAAAAUAAAAAUUCGAAGAGAAUUUUGAUAGAGAGAACACAAAAGAGCAAAAGGAACUGAGAUCAACAGCUUGCAUGCUAAACAGAUAUACAGAGAAGGAACGAACGUGCCAGCACCAAAACAGAGUUAAUAUGUGUUAUGCCAUUACAUUUGAAACACGCACGCUAGAAUUGAUGCUUUAUUAAUACGUGACCAAGUGUUGAUAUUGCAAUCCGUAUUAACUUGAGUUGGUCCAUCAGCUUCCACAGCUCUCUCUUUCUCUCUCUCUCUCUCUCUCUCUCUCUCUCUCUCUCGCCCGCUCACAUUUUCUGAGUCGGUGUUCUUCUAAUGGGAAUUACGAAUUUUGAUACUUGAAUGUGAGGAUGUCUUUCGAUUCAACAUUUCUACUUCAAGUGUGAUAACAAAAUUGAUCAUUACCAUUUUAGUGUUGAUGAGUUACAACACUAUUCGGCUAGACUGUCGACAAAAAUAAAAACGCCAACUGAAUGGUUAUGGGAAUAUUGACAUAUGGACAUCGAUGCGUAGCUCAUAAGAGAUUUACGAAAUCAAGAUAAUCGUUGAGAUAUAUUGAUUUACGCUGCAUUUCGAGAGCUAAAGUGUUGGACAUCCAAAAUAAACCCAAUAAAUAUAAACGGCAAUAAAUUGAAUUCGAUAAAAAUGAAGUCAACGGCGGUUCAGCUUGCAUUCCUUCUCUCUGCCAUAUACAAUGUCAGUGUAGGUGCGUUGGCCAAUUGUCCCGGUAGCUGCAAGUGUGAUGAACAGAAUUUAAUGGUUAACUGCGGUGAAGGUCAAUUGGAUGUUCUCCCUAUAGCGCUAAAUCCGUCGAUAAAACGUCUAAUUAUACAAAGGAAUAAAAUCAAAACGAUUGAUUCGUCAGUGCAAUUCUAUUCGGAAUUGGUAUUUCUAGACUUGAGCUAUAAUCAUCUAUUCAAUGUCCCACCGCGCACGUUCUUUUACCAGAAAAAAUUGAAGGAGCUACACUUAAAUUACAAUAAAAUCGGGGCAAUUACGAAUGAAACGUUCAUCGGUUUAUCGUCAUUGGUGUCAUUAAAUUUAGGCGAUAAUUUUCUAGAUGAAUUGAAUGCAAACGUUUUUUCAACACUGCCAAAACUGGAAGAAUUGAAUCUGAGCAAAAACCGUAUCAACCGUAUAGACGCUCGAACAUUUAACGGCCUAUUAAGCUUACGCGUAUUAUAUUUAAAUGAUAAUUCGCUAUCAACGGUACCUAGCGAAGCCUUUACACCACUUACAUCCCUUGCUGAACUGUACAUCGGUAUUAACGUGUUCACAACAAUCGAAAAUGGUGCAUUUGAAAGAUUGAGUGGGCUUAGUUCACUUGACUUGAAAGGUGCUGGUUUGUCGAACAUAUCGAUCGAAACAUUCCGUGGUCUUGAAAGCAGUUUGCGUAAACUGGACAUAUCAGAUAAUCGAUUGCUGCAAGUACCGACAACCGCUUUAAAUCAUUUCCAUCGGCUCGAAGAAUUGAUGCUUGGACAAAAUAGUUUCGAAACUAUACCGAGUGGUGCAUUUGCUGGUUUUACCAAUUUACGCCAUUUAGAUAUAAGUGGAUCGCCCAAGCUUCGUUCCAUCGAGAACGAUGCAUUUGCCGAAAGUCCAAACCUAGAAACGCUAUCUAUUGUUUCAAAUAAAGCACUGUUUGACAUACAACCGAAAGCCUUUAGUGGGCUUCUCCAUUUGAAAAGCAUAAAUUUACGUGAUAAUGCGCUUGCCACAAUGCCAGAGAAUUUAGUGAAAUGGGAUGAACUGAACUCGUUCGAUAUAUCCGACAACCCAAUCGUGUGCGACUGCAAUAUUUUAUGGUUGCAAAUACUGCUAAAUGCGCAAUCGAAUACUAGUCAAACAUCAAUCGAUAAUGUUCUAUGUAGUUCGCCGGAGAAUGUGCGCGAUCAGCCGCUUCGCACGUUGCCAUUAAGUGUCAUCGGCUGUAAUAGUGACGACGCUAAAAAGCAAGCAAUGUUGGGCAUUUUGCUUGUUACAUCCGUAGCAAUAGUCACUAUUCUUUUAUUGCUUCUUUUCCGAUGCCGACGUCAGCUGCGUGAAGUGUUCAAAGGUCGAUGGGGAGAUUCGUCGCUAGGAAAUAAGGAACGUGAAUAUCAGAAAACCUUUUCCGAUGAAGAUUAUAUGCAUGCCAGUGCACGGCAUCUUUCGCACGCACCUUGUACGCUUAGCUUACAUCAGCCAACAUCGAAUUAUACACAUCAAUACCAUCAGCCAGGCAUAAGACCAAUACCGGUUACUGAACUCUAGCUAGAAGCCUCUCCACCUCCAAUGCGAGGUGGCCUAACAUACAAUCAACCACAAGAUAUGAAUGAUAUAGCGAGCCGAUCAGCCGUUUUCAUUCAACUCAAUCAAAAUCAUUUACUACAAAAUAACAUGAUCGUGGCGAAAAACAUUCAUGCAACACUUUCUCCGACCAUUUGUGAUGCAGCAGUACCAAAUAAAAAAUUGUACAAAAAUGAAGACAUUCCAUUAAGUAUUUCAGCAUCGUUAGCAAAGCAAUCAUCACUACCGCGAACGCGCGUAAGAAAGAAUAAUCACGUCAACAACGCGAAGGAGUACGGUAUUAUGAAUGCGGGGCCACAGCAACAACAACAACAACAACAACAACACCACCACCAGCACAACAACGGCAAUGACGAUGAAAUCGAAUACACACACAACAAUUCCAAUCAGCACGUCCACUAUUCGACGAUGAACGCAAAUGGCAGUAGAGAUUAUUUAAGAAAAACCACUGGUCAUUUGCAUCGCAAUAUAAAUAAUAAUAGUACCAUAGCAUCGACAAAUCGUUACCGCUGGCACAAUCAAUCAGAUGAAAUUGCAUUGCAAUCGCUGCGAAACAAUAGCAUGAACAUUGUGGCCACUACCGAAACUGAAGCAAUAACAAUGCAAUCCAAUCAUCGUUCGCAUGGUUCGAACCGCAAGCAACAUCAUUUGAAUCAAAUUAACAACAAUUUCAUCGUGCCGAAUAAAAAGCAAUCGAUUCAUAGCACGAAUGACGAUCCACGUUCUAUUGACCAAAAUAACGGAAAUAAUUAUCCGUCUAGACUUUAUCACUGAAUUGCUCGAAUUCUUUUAACGCAAAAAUUUGUUGGAAACUAACGCAGUUCAGGUUUUCCAUACAUAUGUUUUUAAGGGGAAUAGUCAUGUGUUUCGACUUUUUAGCACCAUAUAGAGAGAAAGAGAGAAAAUCGCUUAGAAAUUCUAAUGAACGAAUGAACUCGCGAAUAUUCGUAUUGAUGAAACAAUUUUCUAUGCACCUCUACUUAAUUUCACGUUUCAACCUUUGUUACUUUCAGUGUUUAUUCUUCGAGAUUCUUCUCUGGUAAUUCAGCACAAAAUCAGUUGCGAUUAAAAAUUAUUCUGUAUAUGUGUUAACACGAAAUUUAGUCAGUUUACAAUGGAAAAGCAAUGAUUUCAAAAUUAAAUUUCGAUUAAGAGCAUCAUGCAUGAAAAAAAAAAUCGAAAAGCUAUUUAAUGGUGGAAAUAUAUAGUAUAAACAAUAAAUUGAAAAUGUGAUUUAAAUUUUAAAUAUUUUUAAACGACUAGAAUAAGGUUUGGAUGAUACGAUUCUAAAUUCACUCUUCAAAUAUACCCAACUAUGCAAGGGCGGGCCCAGAGGGGGGAUCAAGUGGGGCGGUUGCCCGUACCUUCGUAGAAAAAAACCAAAAAUGUCCUCGUUUUUUGUUCUCGUCGCUCCUCAAACAAAAUUAUCAAACCAUUUGUUCGAACCAUAUGAUAUUUCUAAUAUGUGAGCGCAAGUUUGAAAAAAAAAGAAUUAAAAACGAGGACAUUUAGUAUUUUUAAACUUCCAGAUAACUUUCUGAAAAAUUGAUUUUGGUUGCAGAAACGAGGACGUUUACCGAAGAAGAAUCGAAAAAAUUUUUUUGAAUAUAUUUUGGUAAAAGAUAUCGUUUUUGCAUCAAAAAUCGGAUGUAUUCCACAAUUCCUUCGCUUUUUCCAAUGAAAUUUGAUUAUUUUGAAAAAUACGCCCGUUUUUUUAUUCAAAAAACCAAAAUAUGAAAAUAUGUUCCCGGUUUUUCGAUUGAAAAGAAAAAAACAAAAUAUGUCCUCGUUUUUGAACUAACUUUGAUUUUGCCCCUACCUUGACAAAAUCCUUGGUACGCUCUUGCAACUAUGAAACUUUAAUUUUUAUAGUAAACAAAGUUUACAACAAAUGAAUUAAAGUCUACGAAUCGUUAAACUAUCGUUUCCAGACAAAUGUAUGAGAAACCUUGGUGCAACGACGACUUUCGGUCUCCCAAAUCAUCCUGUAUUUGUAUUUAGUUGAUAUUUUGUGCUUCGUUUCAUUUUUUUUUUCUGAAAUCAACGACAGAGAAAAGAGUGUGACUGAAUGCUGUCAAUCUUGGUUAAAAUUUUGGUGCCAUUUUCUGGUUGAUAUCGAUAAAAUUCGAAAUAAAAUAUGGACGAAGAUGUUGUGAUCAUUAUUCAUCAAAGGAUUUAUUACUUUUAUUCCUCUAAUUUUGAUAAAUACACAUAUAUUUCGUAAUUUUGAAGAAACAAAUUUCAAAUGGCCGUAUGCGUUUCAUGAGCAAUUCAUUAACAUAAACAUAAAUAAAAUUGUUCCACAUCAAAAUUGCAAUAUGAUUUAAUAAGGUAAACAUCAUCUAUCGCAAGAUGACUCUGAUGAGUUUAAUAAGAAUACAAAUAGAAUCCAUCGUCAAUGUUAAUAUUGCACAUAUGAAGAUUGCUAAUAAUAAUAAAUUCACAAAAUUAUAAGAUUAGUUAACGCAAAUAGGACAUAAAGGCGUCGCACGCAAAAGUAAGGCUUGAAACAGUUAUUACCACACAAAAACCGAAUAUAUAUUUUGCUAUGUUGUAAUUGUGGCUUUAAAAUCGAAACGCGAACAUAUUAGGCAUCACUGUGUAACAAUUUCAAUGGGCUGCUUUUGUGUCCAAUGUUUUUUUGGUCGUAUUUGCUGACAAACUUAUAAUGUUGUGUUCUAAAUGUGUUACAUAAAAUAACAGCUACUUAUGUCCGAUACUUUGAUGAAUAUAGCAGCUCUCAGUCCACAAUAGAAUAUUUUCAAUGAUGGCACCAUAAAAGCCACCACAAAUGAGCAUACUAUUAGAUUGUUACUUAUUGCCAACAAAUAAAACAAUUUAGAUUAGAUCAAAUACGGGAUUGACAAAAUUGCAAAUGUAAAUAGUAGAAUGCGAAAUAUCUUUUCAUUCAACAUGUAUUUCACAAAUACCUAUUCAAAACUAAACAACAAAAAAACAAAUUUUAAUGAUGUACAUACGUAAUGAAUGUUUUAGUGGUCAUUUCACAAACGUACACUGUUUUUUGCUACUAAAUUAUUUUAAAAUAUAGAUUGGAAGAAUUCUUUGCCAAUCUUCUAACUAUAUUGAACAAUUUUAAAUUAUUUGUGUGACACAAUUUCCGACUUAGAUAUUGAAAAUAAAUAACAAAUCAAAUGACUAAAUAAAAGCCACAUGAAAAUCUAUUCAGCCAUAAGAAAAGCAAUUAUACUGCGAUUGUUCCGGCAAUCGAUGUCCACUUAAGCGAUUGAAUCAAAUAAAUUUGAAUAAACAAAAUGAAACAAAGAAAAAAAA